AUGAGUGAUGAUAAAGAAACGAACAUUCUUGAUCAAGAAGAGGUUGUUUGGAGCAUCAAGACAAACCUAACAUGUCAGGUCUGCGACAAGUUAUUCGUGGAUCCAAGAAUACUUCCAUGCUUGCAUACUUUUUGCUGUCUGUGCAUUGAAAAUUUACUUCGAAACCCACCACUGAAGGACAAACUACUCAAGUGCCCUUCGUGUCAUUUAGAAACAGGACUAGACAGUCGAAAUUCUGUGAGGAAACUUCCUGCUAACUCGCUCCUGGUGUCACUGCUCGACUUACUACGAAUACAAGAAGGAAAAUCCGUUCAGUGUGAUGUUUGUGACUGCAGCGAGGAGGAAUCAUCGGCUGAAGUGCGUUGUCGAGAAUGUUCGAUUUAUCUCUGUGAGCUACACUCAGAGGCUCAUAAAAAAGCUAAGGAUACAAAGCACCAUAAUCUUCUCUCGUUAGAGUACCUAAAAACCAUGUCUUUGAAGGAAUUAAACCGGCCAACCUAUUGUGUAACACACACCGGUGAAAGACUAGCGCUGUUCUGCGACCUUUGCAAUACAAGCAUCUGUCGCAAUUGCGCUCUGAAAGACCACAAAACGCAUCAAACUCAGUUUUUAGAGGACGCAUACUCCAAACUAUACCCUAAGUUUUCACAAAUACUAGAACAAACAAGAAGUGUUUGUAUCAAGGUAGAAAAUGCCAUUCCCGCGCUCAACUGCAUGCAAGCACGGGUGAACAUGAAAGCUGAUGGUAUAAUCCGGGAUAUUGAGGAUAGCAUCAACGCUAAGAUCAAGGCUUUAGAACAAAGAAAGAGUGAGCUGCGAGCCGCGGUGGAGCUGGUGCGAGUGAACAGGAAGACUGCGCUGGACGUGCAAAGACGAAGUUUAGAGGCAUCCCGAGAUGCACUGCAAGUAUCGUGUCGCUUUGUGAAGAGAGUCCUCGAAGAAGGUGAUCCAGUACACUUGCUCUCCUCCAAAGAUCUUAUUUCCGAGAGACUAGAAGCGCUUGCCAAUCACCACUAUGAACUUCAGCCUCGUGAGGACCACGUGAUCAAGUUUUCUGCCGAAAACGAAGCGUUACAACAAGCUAUUGAUUCCUUUGGCUCAAUAGAUACUUCGUACCCUUAUUUUGCGACUUCUACAGCUGAAGGAACUGGUCUGCAUGAAGCAAAUGUCAACCAAACAGUUUGUUUCACAGUGAUAACCAGUAAAAAAUCAAACCAACGCAUUGAGGUUCUUCCUGCUUAG